AUGGCUCUGCUUACAACCGUGUUUCCCGUCCUUGUGGCGGUAGCAAUCGUGAUGCCCACACGCGAUGCGCACCUUCAGUUCGAGAAAUGGGCGCGCGAGUACGGUCCCGUCUACAGCCUGAUCCUCGGCACUAAAACACUCAUCGUCCUCUCGAGCGACAAGGCCGUCAAAGACCUGCUAGACAAGAAGAGCAAUAUGUACUCCCACCGACAAGAGAUGUACAUCGGGCAGACGCUGUGCAGCGGGGACCUCCGCGUCCUCAUGAUGGGAUACGAUGCGAGGUGGCGCAUGUGCCGGAAGCUAGUUCACACGCUACUCAACAUCUCGGCUGCCAAGUCCUACGUUCCUUACCAAUUACUCGAGAACAAGCAGAUGCUGUACGAGAUGAUCACCCAACCCGAGCGUUGCAUGUACAACAUCCGCAGGUAUACCAACUCGUUGACGACCACCAUGGUCUUUGGCUGGCGGUCGUCAGCGUACGAGGACGAGAAGAUGAUGCAGCUCUUUGAAGGCUUCUCCGAGUUUGCCGAGCUCAACCAAACCGGGUUGGCCGCCCUCGUCGACUUCUUCCCCUGGCUCCGCUACCUCCCCGACUUCCUGCUGCCUGUUCGCGCCAAGGCGAAGGAGCUGCACAGGAAGGAGAAGGCCUUGUAUCUCGGACACUGGCUCAAGGCCAAAGAGGAGACCAAGGCGGGCACCAUCAUGCGCUGCUUCAGCGAGGACCUCGUCGGCGCCCAAAAGACAGAAGGCUUCUCGGACGACCAAGCCUCCUACAUCACCGGCACGCUCCUCGAAGCAGGGUCCGACACCACCUCCAGCACGCUCUAUGCCUUCGUUCAAGCCAUGGUCCUCUACCCGGAAGUCCAGCAAAAAGCCCAAGCCGAAAUCGACCGCGUCGUCGGCCCCACGCGCAUGCCCACCAUGGACGACGAGCCCAACCUCCAAUACAUCCGCGGCAUCGUCAAGGAAUCCCUCCGCUGGAUGCCCACCACCAUCAUGGGCGCCGUCCCGCACGCCGCCACCCAAGACGACUGGUACGACGGCCAUCUCAUUCCCAAGAACGCCGGCGUCGUCAACAACGUCUGGGCCAUCAACAUGGACCCGGCGCGCCACCCAGACCCGCGCCGCUUCGACCCGGACCGCUACCGCGACGACCGCCAGAGCCUGGCCGACGCAGCCGCCAACCCGGACGCCACGAAGCGCGACCAGUUCACUUUCGGCGCCGGCCGCCGCAUCUGCCCGGGCAUCCAUGUCGCGGAGCGCAGCUUGUUCCUGGGCGUGGCGCGCAUGCUGUGGGCGCUAGACAUCAGGCCCGCGACGGACCCCGUGACGGGCAAGGUGGUGCUGCCGGACCAGCAGAAGCUCACGCAGGGGUUUGUGUGCCAGCCGGUGGAGUUUCCGGUGGCGAUUACGCCGCGGUCGGAGGCCCGGAGGCAGAUGGUCGUGGAGGAGUGGUUGGCGGCUGAGAGGGACUGUCUUGAUCCGGUUACGAAGCAGUGGAGGGUGUCGCCUUUGGGGGAGGGGCGGGCGAGGAAGGGAUAG